AUGGCCCAAUUCCAACAGCAACUUGAAGGUGUUCCAGGCUACGAUAUGGGCAUGGACCUAUUUAAUGAAUACGCCGAGAAACAUUUCAACAAUACUGAUCCAUUUGAAGAUUCAGAAGGAAACAAACGAAAAUUAACUACUGGGUACAAUUCUGAACAUGAGAAAAGAGCAUGGAAACGUGUGCAAUCUCUGGCAUGGGAACAUGAUAAGUGUUUUUUGGGAUCUUGUGGUGUAGGACUUGAUUGUGGCAUCGGCCUAGUGCCAAUCAUGGUGUUCCUCUUCCCUGGAGUGGGACCUUUAGCCAUGUAUGUUGUCCAUUCUCGACUUAUUCAUAAAGCAGAAGAGAAUGUGCAUCUUCCGAGCACUUUGGUGGCCAAGAUGCAAUCAAAUAUAUUGCUUGACCUUCUAUUAUCGCUACCGCCAGUCAUCGGGGCAUAUCUCUCAUGGAUGCACGGGUGCCUGACCAGAAAUGCUGGAAUGUUUUAUGUAUAUCUAGAAUACUUGGCGAAAGAACGUCAGAGUGGUCGUUUGCCCCAGUAUGAGGGCACUAGGUUGGAAAUGCAUAACAUGUAUGCUGGGACUGCUCGAGAGCAGAAUUAUGCAAGGAACCAGCCAAAUAAUAGCAUCCAGUCUAGCAAGCAGAAGAAGUCGAAGAAGCUGUCAAAAUACCAACCUAUGGAGUCUAUUGAGGUCGGUGUUCAACAAUCUGGGAUUCGUUAA